AUGUACACGGCGUCCUUUGCCUUCUUUGAGGCGAUAGGGGAGGCGGGUGUGACACAUUGCUUCGUGAACCUGGGUUCGGACCACCCUAGUAUUAUUGAGGCCAUGGUCAGGGGGAAGCAGGACAAGAACAAGAACUUUCCCCGCAUCAUUACAUGCCCCAACGAGAUGGUGGCCAUGUCCAUGGCAGAUGGGUAUGCUCGUCUCACGGGCAAGCCACAGGCUGUCAUUGUACAUGUCGACGUCGGAACCCAGGGUCUCGGUGCCGCGGUGCACAAUGCCAGCACGGGCCGUGCCCCUAUCCUACUUUUUGCAGGCCUUAGCCCUUUCACACUAGAGGGCGAGAUGCGAGGCUCCCGUACCGAGUACAUCCACUGGAUCCAAGAUGUGCCCGACCAGAAGUUGAUUAUCGGCCAGUAUUGCCGAUAUUCAGCUGAGAUCAAGACGGGCAAGAACAUCAAGCAAAUGGUGAACCGUGCAUUACAGUUUGCGACGAGCGACCCCCAAGGUCCGGUCUACCUUGUUGGUGCCAGAGAGGUCAUGGAGGAGGAGAUCGAGCCCUACCACCUGGAACAAGGGAUCUGGAAUCGCGUCGAACUCGGAGAAUUACCUGAGAAAGCAGUGAGCCAGCUCGCGGAAGCGCUCGCUGGCGCGAAGAAACCGCUGCUCAUCACAGGUUACGCUGGACGCAACCACAAGAUCCCCGCGGCGCUUGUGGAUCUAGCCAACACCGUGAAGGGGUUGAAAGUCCUCGAUACGGGCGGCAGUGACAUGUGCUUCCCUGCCUCGCACCCAGCCUGGCUCGGACUUCGGUUCGGCAUCGAAGCCGAGAUCAAGGAGGCCGACGUCAUCGUGGUGCUGGACUGCGACGUCCCCUGGAUCCCAACACAAUGCAAACCCGCCCACGGCACCAAGGUAUUCCACAUCGACGUCGAUCCCCUGAAACAGAUGAUGCCCCUUUUCUACAUUCCGGCUCAGCACCGCUUCCGCGCCGAUGCCCUGCUCUCCGUCCAGCAGAUCACAGAGCACCUGAAGACAAAAUCCGCUAGCAAAGUAGAUGCCAAGGCGGCCGAAGAAUCGUGGAAUGCCCUCGUGGCCUCGCAUAAGAAACGCCUCGAGGACAUUGCAGCCAAAGCGGCACCUGCGAGCGACGGCACUUUCGGCACCGGCCAUCUCUGCCGCAUGCUCAGGGACAUCUGUCCCGACGACAGCAUCUUCGCCAUCGAAGCCGUCACCAAUACUGCCUUUGUUCACGAUAAUCUGCAGCCCGAGCUGCCCGGGUCGUGGAUCAACUGCGGUGGUGGGGGACUGGGCUGGUCCGGCGGUGGCGCGCUGGGCAUCAAGCUCGCGACGGAUGCGGAGCACGGCGGGGCGGGCAAAGGGAAGUUCGUCGUGCAGAUUGUGGGAGACGGGACGUUCUUGUUUAGUGUGCCGGGAAGUGUGCACUGGAUUGCGAAACGCUAUGGGAUUCCGGUUUUGACAAUCGUAUUGAAUAACAAAGGAUGGAAUGCCCCCCGAAAGUCCCUCCUCCUCGUCCAUCCCGAUGGAGCGGGAUCCAAGGUUACAAACGAGGAGAUCAACAUCUCGUUUGAUCCCGUACCAGACUACUCGGGCAUUGCCAAGGCGGCCGCUGGUGGGGAUCUGUUCGCGGCUAAGGUUGAGAAGGCGGAGGAACUGGGUAAGGUGUUGAAGGAGGCGGUGGAGGCGGUUAAGGGCGGGCAGUCAGCGGUAUUGGAUUGCAAGGUUACGAUGGGAUGUUAG